AGAGGGGCGGAGCGGGUCAUCAGAGCAAGCGAAAGUAAAGCGUAAACAUACCUUUCUACAACAAGCUCAAGCGUGCUUUAUAAACCAAAACCUAAAGAGCAAUUAAAACGUCUUGAACAACUUGGCCACCUAUAUUCACAUUUGGAACGCUUCGUUUCCCUUUGUCUCAAACACAGGUUCCAUCCUCCUCUUCCUCCUGCUUUUUCUUCAUCGUCUCCAUCGUCAUGACUGACAGGAAGGCUGUCAUCAAGAACGCAGACAUGUCUGAGGACAUGCAGCAGGACGCCGUGGACUGCGCCACGCAGGCCAUGGAGAAGUAUAACAUCGAGAAAGACAUCGCAGCCUACAUCAAGAAGGAAUUCGACAAGAAAUACAACCCCACUUGGCACUGUAUCGUGGGUCGGAACUUCGGCAGCUACGUGACUCACGAGACCAAACAUUUCAUCUACUUCUACUUGGGCCAAGUCGCCAUCUUGCUCUUCAAGUCGGGCUGAAUGCUUUUUUCCUCUCCCUUCUUUUAGUUAUGUUCUUGCUUCUCGAAGCUAUGUGAGGCAACCGCAUCUCGUUUUCGAAUAAUGACAACAUAACGUAAUGAUGCGGCACUGCAUGGGCGACAACUUUAUUUCGUACGUACUACGUCUUUGUGAGAUGACUUAUGGGGUUGCCAGUCCAAUGCAAGUCAUACUUUUAAUGUUGGCUAAAUUUGCUUACAAAACAUUACCGCAUCAUAACAGUUCACUGCAAUCCUCCAAGUUGGUUGAAGAUGGUGAAAAUAUUUUCUUUCCAAGGUUUCUUUGAAUAUUGCUAUCACAAAUAUUCAUAUUGACACAUUGAUUUGGGCUGAUUUGUCUAACUUUCACAUAUCGUCUACCAAAUAGCUGUGGCAUUGAGUUAAAUUUGAUGAAAUCUUAACAAUUACAGCUUAUAUAUUUUGACCAAGUUAGAGCAUUUUUUUUUUUUAUUUAAAUGAGAAAUGCUAAAGCUUGAAUGUCUGCUACCAAAUUGGCGGAUCAUUCUCAUGAAGAUUCUCGUUAACUUAUUUAAUCAUCAAAAUAAAUCUGCUCCAAUUUUGUAUAUAAUUAUAGAUUUCCUUUUGUCGCUUUAACAUAAUCGCUAACAGUUUUUUCAUUGUCGUCAUCUUGUCAAAAAUCAUUACGAUUUGCGCCAAUUUGUUAAUUAAAAAACCUUACCAGUGAACAGUCAUUUUUUUCCAGUCUUUUGAAGGUCGUGGAUAAACACGAUCGUAACAAAAUGAGUUAUAUCUUUGUUGUUUUAAAAUAUCGCUCCAUGUGAACAAUUAGUGCGAUUUGUUAAUUUGGCAGAAGAGACCUAACUUUUGAAUUUGUGCAACUACUUUCCCCACAAUGUGAAACUGUGAUCUCAAGCGCUUUAGUUUGUCGCCAUAAACAAUCACCGCUGUUAAAUUAGCCUGUUGCCUGACUUGUUUCCAUUUUAUGUUUCUGUGCAUUUUCUUAAACAGGUAACGUUGUCUUUCAUUUUGUAUGCAAAGAUGGACCACAUAUUGGAUAUAAUGUGGAAGAAAAGUUCUUGUUUCAAAAGUUUUUGUUGGCAUUUUGACUUUAUGUCGGUCAUUGCAUCCAAAUUCCAACGGCAGCGCUAACACAAGCUAAACAUUAGCUUCAACUGUGAUUUUUCUUUACAAAAAGGAAGUCUUCCUGUUCCUUUACGGAUUGUUUCCCCCCGGAAUGUUGUCGUCGUUGUAAAUAUUGAAGCUGCUGUAUGCACAAAGCGCGUCCGCCUUGAGAACAGUCACUCACCAUUUACAGUUAGCUGUUGCUAAAACAAAACAGCAUAGAAGACUCCAAUAAAAACAAAUUAACUUAUAA